AAGAGCUAAAGGACGAGAGGGAGCAGACCUUGAUCAUUUAGACAGAAAAGGUGUUUUAGUAACAAAGGCUGAAGUAAUGGAUAUUAAGAAUUAAAUACUGUUACGUAGAUGUACAACAAGUUUAGGGGUAAAAAAUGGACUUUCAUGACAGGAAAAAGGAAACCUAAAAGCUUAUAAGGGAACUCUGAGCUACAUUUUUUGCACGUUGAUUUGAAGGAAAACUAUCGGCAAAAUAUACGAAAGGAUCAGAAUCAAUUGUGGAUGGAGGGGUCUGGCAGUCCACGCUUCAGAAAGCUCCAUUUCCCUGUGGGUCUUUGGAUCAACUCGCCAAGGAAACACUUUGCCAAGCUAGGGGGUCGCUGGCCGAGCGCUGUCUCCGUCAAGUCGACCACCAGUUCUGACGCAGCCUCCCUCCACGAGGCCCCCUCUGCUCCUUCCUCUUCCCUUUCUACCUCCACUCCCUCGCUGGCUUCCCCUGCCCCAUCCCCAUCCCCAUCCCCGGCCUUCCUCAGGCCUCGGCCUGCUGGGCCCCAGUCCCGAACCAAGCGCCUCUCUCAUCUCUUCUUGCGAGGGCGCUCCAACAGCGACCGCGAUAGGGCGGUGGGGGAGAAGGAGAGAGAAGUCUGGGCUCAUUCGGCCGCUACGUCUUCCCAUCAUUACCUCCCCCCUGCCUCUUCCUCUGCCCCAGGCCUGAUCAAGAUCUACGGGGAUGCCCUCUCCAGUGGGGCUAACUAUCGCUCCCUGCUGGCCAAUAUUCAUUCUACAGCUAGGCAGCUCAUCGCCCAGGUCAUUACUCGGUACACUGAGAGGGAGAGGGAGGAGACAGAUGACGCAGUUCUCCAGAAACACAGCCCGGAGGACUUCCUGUUGUGUGAUGUAAUUGGAAAGCCCAUCCCGCAGCCAGAUGGAGCUAUCAAAUGGGAGACAGAGUGCCGGAGAAGUGUUGCCCCAUGGGAAUGUCCUCUGUUGUUGGUGGACAUGUGGCGGCCUAAAGAUGGAUUUGAGCGGCGCUUUGAAAUCCAAAGAAAGGAGGACUAUGAGAGAGAAGAGCUGGAGAGGGAGAAGGAACGUGAGAGGGAGGGAGAGAACUAUCAAGGUGUGCGCUGGCGGCGCAGCAGGAUGUCUUCAGGGGGAGGACCAGAGGAGAGCGAGCGAGGUCAUCGAGGAAGAAACACAGAGCUCAGGAGGAGCAUCAGUGACAUGAACCUGAGUCUGCGACGUCGCCAAGGCAAUCACGUCAGCAAAGACCAACGUGGCCCUGGCAGCCGGCCUAACAACAACGCAGGGGUGCAGGACAGGAAGAACAUCGUAAGCAUGAUCAACCCACUGCCGGGAGAGAUUCGAGCUUCAAAAGCUGAAGCAAAAGUUGGCUGGACAAACCAGCCAACAGAGGACGAGAGGGAUUACUCCAGCUGUGACCUGGAAGUGAUGUCACAAAGUUUAAUCCUUCCACCCACGGACCGACCCUACUUCCUGUUGCUGCAGGGCUACGACCAGAGCAAGGAUUUUGUUUUGUACAUCAUGGCGGGACACAUGCAUGUGUUUGGAAGAAAGCCCACAAUGAGGGAGAGAGAGAAGGACAGAGAGAGGGAGAGGAAGGGGAAAAGGCCUCUGAAGGUGGACACGUUCCUUUCUGCACCCGACCUCUUGACCAGACAUCUACUAGUCAGGAGAGACUCAGCUGUUCCUGAUACACCCGCUGGACAAGCUUUGAUGCGACCUUUCAGAGGGGGUGCAGUGACACAUAAUGGAGUGGCCCUCUACAGGGAAACCGUCCUAAAGCCUGGGGAUGUGAUUGGUCUGGGGAAUCACUUCCUUUUCCUCUACCGUGACCCCCGUGUGACUCCAGCUCCACCUCUGGCAUUGACCCUACCAUGGCAGUCUGAUGUCUCCACCACCUGCUGCCCUUCAGGGUUGGUAGACAGGCAGGAGGCACUGAGGACAUACCUGGGAUCUACAGAGGCGGUUCUAAAGUUCCACCCUCGUCAUACAGAUUCACUGUUACAGGAGAUUAUCUCCAAAAAUUCCUCACCAGACUCUGGAGGUGGACCUUUAGCUCCUGCAUAUCUCCUGUCUAUCAUGAUUGAUCAUGCCUCCAAACACCUGGACCCUGCUCUCACACCUCAGAUUCUGCUCAAGUCAGCAAAUCUAAUCAAAGAAAUAGUCUGGGAUAACAUUAAGGAAUUCGGGGAUAAGCAUCCCACGCAAAACUCUACAGAGCAGGAAGGUGAGAUAGGCACACCAAAUGUCCAAAAACUAUCAUCGGACCUUCGACCACUCAUGUUCUGGAUGUCGAAUGCCACCGAACUCCUGAACUUCUUCCAGGUUAAAGUGGAGGCCAUGGAAAAAGAGUGGGAGUUUGAAGCCCCGGGGGACCCGGUCUUAACAGCUGACAUGGACACCUGCUCAGAAGCUCUGGCUCAGCUGGAUGAUGUCAUUAUGCACACCUUUCAACAGUGUGUGUAUCACCUCACCAAGACCCUCUACUCACUCCUCCCAGCCCUCCUGGACACUAACCCAUUCUCCAGCGAGGAGAAAGAGAAGGAUGGUGCUCGUGAUGGAGAGGAAGAGGAGAAAAGUGGUGGGGAAGGAGAGGUGGAUGACGUGCCUGCCUUACCCCCUAAAGUUGCUGGACUGGUUGAGGUGUAUCGCUGUUCCCUGAUGCUGUCGCGGGAGGCUUGUUUAUCCCCACCGCUCACCUCCCAAACGUUUGGCUACCUCUUCUUCUUCACCAACACCUCCUUGCUCAACACUCUGCUGGAGAGAGAUGGGCUGUUUUCAUGGUCCAGAGCAGUCCAAAUCCGUACGAACUUGGACCUUGUUCUGGACUGGCUACAGGGGGCAGGAUUAGGAGACAUAGCCUCAGAGUUUAUGAAGAAGCUGUCAGUCACAGUGAACUUCCUGUGUAUUCCCAAGACAAGACUUAUCCAGUCGUCUUGGACCAGUCUACAGGAAGAACAUGUCUUAUUAAGCCCCUCCCAGUUGCACCACCUGCUUACCCAUUACAAGCUGGGUCCAACCAGAGCCCCUCCAGCAUCUUGGGCCCCUCCGCCAGGAACAGAGCUGUGUGGAGAUAUCUUCGAGAGCUUCCUGGAUCACCCUCCUUUAAUUCUGCCCAACGAAACUCCACGCCUUGACCUCUCCCAGCCAAUCCCCAGUCCUGAGCUUCAAAAGGAGGUAACACGUCUUCGCACCUUCUUGUGGGGACUGGACCAGGAUGAGCUCCCAGCCAAUCAGAGGACUCGGCUUUGAAGAAGCCCAUAUUCAUCUGUUAGGAUAUCUUGUAAAACAAAAGAAUAGCAUUAGAAGAACAAACCAACGGCACACUGUGUUUGGCAUUUUGUCUGGUUGUUCUUUUAUAGCAUUUCCAUAUCAAUUCAUUUAUUCACUUAGAUAUUUUCAAGUAAAAGAAAGGUAUUUGUUUUGGUAUGUCUUAGUGGAUUUAUUUUAAAGCAGGGAGUAAAGCCCUGUGUCUAGGUCACACAGCGUUAAGCUUUACGUGACUGUUUGACUUGGCUUUCAUGUAUGUUUUUUUAACUUCUUGUUUCCAAUAAAACACUGAAUUCU